CUACUUCUGCAGAGGAACUUUUUGUGAACCUCUCCCAAGCGAACCUGUUGGCCGGUGACGUGAUUUGAGAGGACCACUCCACCGAUACAUUAGUGCCGAGUGGAACAAUAUUAAUAAUAAUGGAUGCCGUGCAUUAGGUGGUUUUCUGUUCUGGGCGUACCCUCGAAAUUCCUCGCGUUGAGCACGCCAUUGUCGACCAGCUGACGCAAGCCGUUCUCUGACUUCCUCUUCCUCCUCCACUUCCACCCCGUCGCCUCCCUUUUUCGCCCUCCCUUAUCAUCAUUUAUAUUGCUAUGGACACGCCGUCCCCUCUAUCUCAUACGGAUCUUCUCCGGACGUUGCUGGGAGCAUGUUUGAGGGCGGUCGUCCAAGUCGAGCAUGUCCGCCGGGAGGGGAAGAAGACGACAACGACGACGACGACGAUCAUCCCACUCGAGGCGUGUGCAGCAUCGCGUGUCGCAUGUACAGCAGUAGACACAUAAAUGUACGUACAUACGUACACUAUGUAGCACUAUGUUUCACCUCAUCAUCUCUACUCACGUUUGAGAUAUGUGGACGGUGGGAUGGAACAUCGCCAAUCCAAAACAUGUCCUGGUGGCAUAUACCAUCGGCUCGUCGCUUCGACCCGAUACUUCUGAUAGUAUAGUUGUAGCAGGUAACAGGUAGAUCUACUUUGACC